UCCUCUCUCCCCUCGCACUUUAAAUUCUCCCGAACCCCCCCAUCCCUCUCCCCUCAGAUCGACGAGAGGAGAGAAAACCUGCAUCGGGCCUUCGAUUCGACAAGGAAAAGAAAACAAUGGACGUGCGCGUGUUUGGGCUGGAGAACCCGCUGCUCUCGACGCUGCAGCAGCUGAUGGAGAUCCCGGAGGAGACGGAGAAGACCUUCAACGCGCCGACGCGGAAGUACGUGCGCGACGCGAGGGCAAUGGCGUCGACCCCCGCGGACGUGAAGGAGCUGCCCAACGCCUACGUGUUCGUGGUGGACAUGCCCGGGGUGAAAUCGGGGGAGAUCAAGGUCGAGGUCGAGGAGGGCCGCGUCCUCGUCAUCAGCGGCGAGAGGAAGAGAGGAGGAGGAGGAGGAGACGAAGAGGAGAAGGAGGGGGCCAAGUACCUGCGGAUGGAGCGGAGGAUGGGGAAGCUCAUGCGGAGGUUCGUGCUCCCCGAGGACGCCAACGUCGACGCCAUCACCGCCGUGUGCCGCGACGGGGUGCUCACCGUCACCGUCGACAAGGUUCCGCCCCCGGAGCCCAAGAAGCCCAAGACCAUCGAGGUGAAGGUUGCCUGAACCUUCCACCCCACCUCGCCUCGUAAAUCGUAAUCGGGGGAAUUAAUAAACUGCUUUAAUUGCGUAGUGGGUCUGUGGGUCCUUAUAUGGCAGUAGUAGUGGCUCUGGAUCUCAGUAGUGUUUUGGUUUUCUAAGCGAGAUUGUGCGUGCGUGCGUGCGUGCGUGCGUGGCUUCUGUUGUGUUGCGAAUUGUGUCUCUGUUUUGGCAUGUACGUGUUUGUUGCCCUUAUGAAGGGCUGGGAAUGCGAACGGCCUUAGUAGAAUAAUUAAAAUC